GAAAUAUCCAUUCCGCCCUACCGGCCGGUGACGAUGGGCCGUCGCCGCCGCCCUUCCUCGCCGGCUCCAGCGGCCCCGCUGGAAGACGACGACCUCCUCGGCGAGAUCCUCCUCCGCCUCCCUCCGCGGCCGUCCUCCCUCCCGCGCGCCUCCCUCGUCUGCAAGCGUUGGCGCCGCCUCGUCUCCGACCGCGGCUUCCUCGCCCGCUUCCGCGCGCGCCACCGCAGGGAGCCCCCGCUCCUCGGCAUCUUCACCGGCGGGUUCGAAUGGCUCGGCUUCACCCCCUUGCUGGACCCGCCCGACCGCAUCCCCGCCGAGCGCCUCUCCCUGCGGCAGAGCCGCGACGAGCGCUGGAUCUUCUGCGGCUGCCGCCACGGCCUCGCGCUCCUCUUCAACGUCGACCGCCUCCACGCCGUCGUGUGCGACCCCCUCACCGGUCGCCAGCGCCAGGUCGCCUUCCCGCCGGGGUUCGACGACGACCAAGAGAACAUCAUCGGAAGCGCCGGGAUGCUCUGCGCCGCCCGCGAGGAAGGCCACGUGCACGGCGACUGCCACUCGAGCCCCUUCAAGCUGGUCCUAGUCCGCACCAACACGGCCCGCACUCGCGUGUUCGCUCGCCUCUACGACUCCCAGUCCGGUGAAUGGGGAAAUCUGAUCUCAGAACCAAUUACGGUCAUCCUUCCGAUUACUCUGCAACGCUCCAGCGUCCUGGUUGGGAGUGCAUUGCACUGGUCGAUUGACGCAACCAGCAUCCUCUCAUUUGAUCUUGAAACGCAGCGCCUUGCCCUGAUCCGGGAGCCGGCAGACGCCCGUUCUACCAGGUAUUCCCACUUCCAGAUCUUGCGCACACAGGAUGGCUGCCUAGGCCUCGCCAUUUCGUCCCAACAGAGCAUGCAGCUGUGGGAGAGGAACACCUCUGAAGGUGUUGGCAGAUGGGUGCUGCGGAAAACCCUUCAUUUGGACAAGCUUCUUCCGGCGAAACCGGGGAUGGAGAAAGCGCACAUACAGAUAUUGGGGUAUGCCGAGGAAAGCAAUGUGAUGUUUCUGGUCAUAGGCUUUAGUGUCUUCAUGAUCCAACUUGACUCGCUGCGGUUCAAGCUUAUUUUUGAAAGCAACCUCAGGACCACCUAUCAUCCAUACACAAAUUUCUAUGCUGGAGGAAGGGUGAUCGGCGGCAGAGAUGAUGAACCUAAAAUGCUGAACAAUACAUGAUGCUAAUGUCUUGUGUGAGGUGAACAGGUAUCCCAAUGCUUAACAGCUGCCAAGUUGAAGUAAUAACAGCAGGACCCUGGUGCCCUUUUUUUAUGUAUGGUGAUUUUCCAUUUGUAACUUUGAAGCAAACUUGUACAAAUAAACCAUUUUGCCGGUAUCCAGAACCUGUAGAAACUAGUUUGUUGAAAUUCCGUGGUGCUGUUCCCAGAGAUGUGUGGUCCACUAAAUUUGCAAACUCUUCAGUUAAUGCAGCAGUGUUGGCUCUUUCAUUAGUCGAGUGUAGUCAGUUCGGUCGCAAUGGUUGAGAUAUUUUGAUCCAAAUCAUAUAUGAACCCGUGUCUGGUCUGUUCCUA